GAUACCAAGAAAUUUGAAAACCAAUAAGAGGAACAGCUUUCAAGCAAAGUUGAACGUCUUUGGAAGAACAGUUCAUGGAAGGUCUGUCUUUCAGCACAGUGAAACAAUAACCAUUAAAAUUCCGAAGAUUUCUGUCUUCAUUCAAACAGACAAGCCAAUCUACAAACCAGGCCAGACAGUGAAUAUGCGUAUUGUUGGUGUGGAUGAAAACCUUAAGCCCUUAGCAGGACAGGUCAAUAGAGUUUCCAUCAUUAGUCCUGGUAAAGUACGCACGAUGCAAUGGGACAAUGUGGAUUUUGUUGGUGGAAUUGUCAGUUUAAAGUUUCCUUUAUCAAGCCAGCCUCUUCUCGGCGACUGGAAGAUUGAGGCCGAGGUUAAGGGUGAAAAAGAAACACUUGUCUUUUCCGUGGAUAAGUAUGUGCUGCCAAAGUUUGAAGUGACCAUUGAGCCUCCAUCAUUUGUAGCCAUAAAAAGCAAAGAGAUUAAAGCAACUGUUUGUGCUCAAUACACCUAUGGAAAGCCAGUGAAAGGAACUGUUUCAGUGCUCUUUCAAAUGAAACUACCUGACUGGUAUUGGGGAAGAAAUUCUAUGGAAAUGCAAAUAACAACAGAGAAGGAGAUCAGUGGCUGCACAGAUGUAACUAUCAAGACAGAUGAUGUGUUGAAAAAACUUAAGGAGUACUCCUAUUACUACUGCUAUGUUUGUAACAGUGCAAAGAUUGCCAUCAAUGCUACUGUAAAGGAAGCAGCAACAGGGGUCUCUCAAAAUGCUACAGGAACAGAAAGUCAGGUUGUCAGAGGAACAACAAAACUGCGGUUUCUUCCAAGUACACCAAAAGAAUUUAAGCCAGGCAUGGCUUAUGGUGGGCAGGUAAAAGCCACCUUGCCUGAUGGAAGUCCAAUGAAAGGGGAACAAGUCAAGAUUGUUAUACGAGGAAAUGGGAGGACUUUGCUUGAUAAAUAUUUCAUUGUACCAGAAAGUGGACUUGUUGACUUUUCCAUUAGUGGUUCAAAAAUUCCCCCCAGAGUUAAAUCACUUGACCUUCAGGCCAAGCACCAGAAGCAGACGUUAGCAUACUAUAAUGCAAAGCGUUGGUAUUCCCCAAGUAACAGCUACAUCUCAAUGGAAAGAAUUGCAUCUCCACUGAAGGUUGGAUCAACUGCAAAAGUUAAGUUUGACUUCACCACCAUAGCUGAACCAAAGAACAUUACUUUUUAUUACCAAGUAUUCAGCCGUGGAGUUCUGGUAGCUCAAGGAAGGAAUCUUCACGAAGUGGACUUUAAGCCACCCAUGAAAACAGUGAUGAAUUCUAAACGUGAAGAAAUGUUUACAACCAGUGGAUUUGUUCAGUUUCCUGUUACUCAGAAGAUGGUACCAUCAUCCCGCCUGUUGUUGUUUUAUGUGCGGAAUGAUCAAGAGACUGUUGCAGAUAAUAUGCAGAUUGAUGUGGAAGACAAAUUGGAAAAUGAGGUAAAGAUUCGUUUUGAUGACAACAUCAGAAAACCAGGGGAAGCUACCAGUUUGAUCAUAACAGCAGAGCCAGGAUCUCAAGUAGCAGUAACUGCUGUCGACAAAAGUGUUCAUCUUUUGAAAAGCGGAAAUGAGCUCACUCAGGAUGAUGCAAUCAAAGUACUCAGUUCUCAGGAUGUUGGCCCCUCUGGACGUAACAAACAUUCUAGGUGCUAUAAUCCCUCUUGGUGGAGGGGGCCCUGGCAGCGACGGAAACGAUCAUAUAUCCCAUAUGGAUACUCAAAAGAUUUGGAUGCCUCAAGGGCUUUUGAGAACAGUGGAAUCUUAUACUUCUCUGAUCUGAAAAUUGAAACUGCCAAAUGCGAGAGGCCUUUUCCAUACUGGCGCCACCGUCCCACAAUAGCUCUGAGAAGGGGUUCAGCUGGUCCAGUGUUGCAAUAUUAUCGUAAGAGAUUCACGGUGAAAGGAUUCAAAAGAAACAAACAAAGGAACAAACCGAAAAUUGAGAAAGAAGAAAAGAAGUUUGUAACUGUUCGUAAGAACUUUCCUGCGACAUGGCUCUGGACGGAGGAAGUAAUCAACCCUGAUACUGGAAAGAAAGUUAUCAUGGCCAAGGUUCCUGACACAAUAACCACCUGGGUAGCAAGUGCUUUCGCUAUGUCUGAUUCAGCUGGACUUGGUAUUUCACAGCCCACCUCGCUCAAGGUUUUCCAGCCUUUCUUUGUUUCCCUAACCCUGCCGUACUCUGUUAUCCGUGGCGAGGAAGUGUCCAUUAUAGCAACUGUCUUCAACUAUGAGAGCAAGUGUCUUACGAAGAUACAUCCAAUAUGGCGGUCAUCGAUGUCAAACUCGUGUCCGGUUAUCAGGUUGAUGAAGAAAGCUUAGAAAAGCUUUCGAAUCAACCCAAGCUUGGCCUCAAGCGAUACGAGAUGGAAGGUCAACACGUGAUCAUGUACUUUGACGAGGUAUGAAAAAUAGGUGCUUAUCAGUUAAGUGAUCCUAAGGGCCAAUCUGCGCAGCUUUAAAACCCUAAUAACCUCAGUUUAGUUUCUGUGGAUAGGCAUCUUGGAUGAUUUCGUUACUGAUGGCCGUUGUGAAGCUAGCUUCAACGCUUUUGAAAGACAACGUUUGCGAAUUAGUCAACCACUUAUAACGAAA